UAUUUUAAGUAGAAAAUUACGCCGAGAUGGGACUACACAUAUUUUGGCCAGCAACUACAUGUUUGACCCUUUUUGUAGUUUGCAUUAUAAUGAUUAUACUCAAAUACGGUUCGCGUAUUUGUAAAUUACGGCAUACGCCGUUACCCUCGGAUCAAGAAUGGGAAGAAAAAGCAUAUUCACGAAAACUUUCCGUCUCUAUGGCGUAAAAAUAAGUAGAUAUCACCAAUUGUUUUCAUAUCACUUUACAUGAAAAUUUUAACUAAAUCAAAAAACUUCAGCAUGUAGGAACAUGCUUAUUUUAUCUAAGUAUAACAAUUUAUACUUAACCACUUAAUAUCAGAAUUUCUUAGAUGAAUAUCUAUAAAGUAAUACCAUUUUUCUAUUUUACAGUAGCAUAGUUGUGUGUCUAAAAAGUUAAUGCUACAUAUCUUUUAUACGUUAUCUUUUAUAUGUAGUAUAAGUAUCGCUAACAAUUCCGUCCAUUUGUACAUGUAAUUUUAAUAAUUCGAGUCUCGAGAAUUGGCAGAUAAAAUUAGAAUUAAACUUCCGGAUCGUGACAUAAAAUAUAGAAAACUCAAAAAGUUAAUCAUUGUAUAACUUAAAAGAAAGACUAUAUCCGUCCAAUGUUUUAGUAUUAAAUGACAAUUUUAUCUAUGAACUUUUACACUUUUUAUAUGUGUUUUCUUUAUAAAUAAAAAAUGCUUGUCUUUACAUAAAAUAUACAGGUGUAUUUUAUAUGAAAUGUUCCCAAUUUCUAAAAUAAUUUUAGAAACAGUUGAGAUGCCAACACUUACUGAUCCACCUUGUAUAUAAUAUUUAGUCUUUAUUGACAACAUUGGAUUUUUAUUACAUGUGUAACGGUUACACAAUGAUUUAAUAAGUAAGUAGAUACAUUAUACAAUUUUUUUUUUUGCAUCCAGUUAUAACGUCAGUUUGUAAAUAAAU